CGGGCUUGGAAAAUGAGUUGUAGUCUGAAAGAGCUCGGCGCGCGCGCCGCUCGAUUCCAUGAAAAAAGCGGAUCGUGGAAAACUGGACGUUCUAAAUUUGAAUUGAGUUUAGUGUUUUUUUAAAAGUAAGUUUGACGGUUAAUGUAAUGAAAUGAAACGUGAUAGGUUUAUUUUUAACGACAUGGGGUUAGAAAAUGGCACCAGCGACGUCUUUGAGGCUCGCACUUCGGAAGAGCUCGGGCGCUACCUCAUCGCGGCCCGAGACCUGGCCCCAGGGGACCUGGUUCUCACCGAACGACCCCUGGUAUUUGGCCCUAAGGCCACGGUUGUACCUGAGGCCACCAUGCCGUGUGUGGGAUGCUACAAGCCCGUACCCACUGAUGUUGGAGAGAGAUGUGCUAAAUGUGGCUGGCCAGUUUGUAGUGGAAACUGCCCAGGACUGACAGACACGAGACACCAUGGCGCCGAGUGCGUAAUACUGAGCGCGCGACCCGAAUGUGUACUUGACAACAUGCCUGACUAUUAUAGACAUGACGCUCUGCUGCCUCUACGAUGCGCGCUACUGCAGUCGACUGCACCUGAACUGUGGAAGAAGCUGUCAGAAAUGCAGUCGCAUAUGGAGUGCCGUUCCCCUGGAACAGAAGCUUACGAUGAAGCCAACGAGUUCAUCGUAGAAUACCUUAUGAACAACUUCAUCAAUAAGCUUGACGAGGAGACGAAGCAGAAAUAUCUUCCCGAUAUGUCAGCAGAACACCUUCACGUAUUCUGUGGCAUUAUUGACACAAAUGCACUCGAAAUUCGCCUUCUGGAGGGUACUGAGCUACUUGCACUAUACACCAAUACUUGUAUCAUGGAACAUAGUUGCAUACCAAACACAAAACAUACCUUUAGUCACGCGACUAAAGAUAGGAAUGAUUUCUUUAAAAUCACUGUCAAAGUUGUGGUUCCAGUGUUGAAAGGGAAUCAUAUAACAACAAUGUAUAGCCAUGCUUUAUGGGGAACACAAGCGAGGAGACAGCAUUUGAAGGAUACCAAAUAUUUUUCCUGUCGAUGUGAAAGAUGUGCUGAUCCAACUGAACUUGGAACCUAUAUCAGUGCUAUGAAAUGUCUAGGAGAUGGAGAUAGUAUCUGCGACGGAAUACAUUUACCCGAAGACCCGUUAGAUGAUGAAACUGAUUGGGCUUGUAAUAAAUGUCCAGUAAAAGUAAAUGGAUCACAAGUGCUUAUGUUAAUAUCACAAAUGGCUGAAGAAAUAGAGGCUGUUGAAAUGAUGGGAGGAACAAUACAGAUGUUGGAAGAUUUGCUUUGCAGAUUAUCAAUGUUUCUACAUCCGAAUCACUAUCACUUGUAUUCUAUAAAGCACUCCUUAUUACAGCUGUAUGGUCGACAAGCGGGUUACACUUCAGAUGAAAUCUUGAAUCGAAAAAUCAAAAUGUGCAAGGAUCUAAUUGAUAUUACUAAGAAACUGGAUCCAGGUAACGCUAGACUGAGUUUGUACAUGGCUGUCUUGCAACAUGAGCUACAUUCUGCCUUACUUAUGAUUGUCAAGAAAGCCAACGGUGAAGGAAAACCUCUUGACGACUUAAAACCACUUAUUUCAGAAGCUAAAACUGCUAUUAACGCAGCAUUGGACUCAUUGAAAGAUGAUAUGGAAGAAAUAGCCGGUAAAAAGUUGUUUGCUGUAAUUACUGAGAGUAAAAAGGAUUUUGAUAAGUAUUAUAAGAAAAAGAAGAUCAAAAUUUGAUUUUGUUUAUUGUUUUUUACUUUAAGUAAUAUUUUAUAAUUGUUUGUUACCUUAUCUUUAAAUAUCACAGUUGUUUCUUUGUUCACAUUUUCUUAUAUCUACGUUUUCUAAUCAUAAACUACACUUAUAAAGAAUUUUGUUUGUAAUUAUCCUUAAACUACUUUGCUUUUCAAGAAAAAUACGUUAUAUUGGGUCAUACAUUUUACAUUUAUAAAUUCGUUGCAUCCUAUUAACUUAUUUAGUUUUCAGUGCCGUCAAGUGGGAUAGCUGAGAACAGAUAUGCUGACUUUAGACAGUAUUUUUUGACUAUGAAAUAAUUUAGAUAGUUGAAAAACUGAACCUAUUUAGAACUGGUUGAUCCUGAUUAAAAGAUUGUGAAAAGGAUACUGCUGUCAGCCACGUCCAUAUAAUUGAAAAAUAUUUCCU